AACAAAUUUAGACCAUUGACAAAUUAAAUCUAACCGUCCAAAAAGAACAUAAUAAUGACAUUUCUGUAAUUUUGUGAAUCUGAUACACCCCCUUCUCUCUUUCCUAUUCUUCUUAAUUAGCUUUCACGUUCAACAUCUCUUUCUCUCUCUAUACUUGUUGCUGCUCUCUCUCUCCUCAGAUCAGUGGUUUUUGUGGAAAUUCUAUACCAAUUUGUAGUUUUCGCGAUUUUUAUGCUUAAACCCUAGAAAUCGCCAAUUGCAAAUGGAUUCAGUCGAACAUGUGAACGAUGAACCAAAAUCAAAAGCUGUUAUUUAUGAACGAAGAAAGUAAGUAUCAAUUUAUUGAUUUUUAAUUUGUUGCGUUUUUACCUAUUAUUUUGCUUAUUUAUUGAUUUUUAAUUUGUUUGCUAUGAUCAAUAGACCGAAAUGAUGAAUGAAAUUUGUAUUUUGGAGUCAUUUAUUUUUCAGGAGGCAUGACAAUAACAGUUUUCACAUUUUCACCAAUUUUAUUUGGAAAUUUUUCGAAGUGGCUUUGAUAUACAAUUGUACGAAAUUGAAAAUCGAUUUUGAUUGAGGUUAAGCUAAGGAUUACUGAUUUGUAUGUCUUUACUUAAUGACUUGCUUCUUUUGGCAUCAGAAAUUGCUUUCGUUUGCUGGUUUUUAUGUUAGGGGUAUUAAGUUUAGAGUGUCGUUUUGUUAUAUAUGAUGAAUUAACUCGAGAAAUAUAUUGAUGAGAUUGCUAAUUAUGAGAUAUUAUGGAAGUUGAAGAUCCUUAACAAGAUUUGAUAAGACUUGUUUAAAAUAAGAGCAUAGAACAUGAACCAGACCAUAUAAAACAUGAUUGAUACUGAACAUAUCAAGAGCAGCAAUAACAAUAACAGUAGAUAAGAUUUGUACGUGGUAGUAAAAUGUUACCAUUACAUUGCUGUGUAAAUCAUACUCCUUGGUCCUCGCUCUCUACAAUACCACCCACACUAGUAAUUAACAAUGAUUGUAUCAGCACCUCGAUAUUUGUUAUUGAAACUGCCAAUCAAUUUAAUCGAAAUUAGAGUUUAGCAAAAAUUUAUCAACUAUCAUGAGUAAUUCCAAAGUCACGAUUUCAAACACUUCAAGUAUUGCAGAGUACUAUUCUUCCAAUUCUGACCAAAUGGUACAUACUUUAUGUUAUGAAUUUUCAAUUGUUGCUUUGUUCUAAUUGUCUAACUUUGCCUUAUUAUUACCCUUUUCUUAAAAUGAGUAAACAAAUAUUGCUCAUUUUAGCCGAUUGAUGCUAAAGAGCAAAACAAUGUUCCUCAUUACAUAUUUUGCUCAUUUCGUAAUUGAGCAAAAUAUUUUUAAUCGUUUCAUAGAUGAACAAAAAUAUUUUUGCUCAUUUUAUAGAUUGAACAUAGAAAAAUAAUUCAAAACAUAUAUUUUGAGCAAAAAUUCUUUGUAAAUUUAUGAAAUGCCCUUGGUACUUGUAUAUUUGCCCUGGUCUCCAUUUUUUGGCCUACUACCAUCACUAUGGUUGGGAGGGGAAUGACGGUUGAUAUUUUGUGUCCAAUGUGUGGUGAAGAGUGUGAGACAACUCUUCAUACUCUUGCAUUAUGUAACAAGGCAGCGUUUGGUAUACUUCUCCACUAAGACUUAACCUUAGCACUUUUAAGGUUGGAUCUUUUUUUGAGUGGUUCUUAGAGCUAGAGAUGGUGCAUACUAAUAUUGAAUGGUGGAGCAUGUUCUGGAGUCUGCUUUGGGGUAUUUGGUUGCGAAGAAAUGCCUGGGUUUUUGAAGGGAAGAUGGUUGAUCUAGCUGAGAUUCAACAAAACACUAUGAGCAUAAUUGGAGAGUAUGAGAAAGCCAAUGAAGCUACAUCAACUGUUAAUCUGGGUGCUGCUACUGUUGUGCAGAAAUGGGAGAAGCUUGAGGCGGGUUGGUAUAAGGUAAACUCGGAUGUUGCAAUGUCUAAUGAUGGUCAUAUUGGUUUUGGGGGCAUAAUCAGGAAUUAUGAGGAGGACAUUAUGGCUGCUACUAUCCUAGGAGGACAUUGUGGCUACUACUGUCCUGCGAGUAAGGGGAGGCAAGAAUGUUGCUACACUAUUGCUGAAGCUCUCACUGCAAAACAUGCCCUUCAAAUUGCUAUUGAAGCGAGUCUUACAAAAAUUGUGUUAGAAACAAACAACAUCAAAGUGUGCAGACAUCUGAAGAACAACAUACAUGAGAAUACAAGUUUUGGUUUUAUAAUCAAAGAUAUUCUUGAGCUAGCUAAAAAUUGUAUUGAUCGAUGUUGUCUUUAGUCAUGUAGGUAGAAAUGGCAAUAAGGUGGCUCAUUGUCUUGCCAACCUCAGUAAAAACUAUGACAGCCUACGUGUAUGGAUUGAGGAAGCCCCCAUUGAGGCAAUGAACUUUGUACUAGCUGAGAAUUGUUUACUCAUUUAUCAACUGAGCAAAGAAUUGUUUGCUCAUUUGAUAAAUGAGCAAAAAAUUGUUUGCUCAGUUGAUAAAUGAGCAAAAAGUUGU